AUAAAAUGUUCUGAAUAAGUGAAUAUUUCUAAAUACCCGUGACUACAAUUGCAUUGACAACGAUUAUCGUACAGCAACUGAAGCACAGGCAUCUCACGCAAUGGAAUACUCUGUUGCAGCUAACGUUAGAAAAUCUCGGUAGAUUUUCAACGGGAACUUGAUAGAAACUUGAUAGACCUUUUAAUAGAAACAGAGUAUCCUAUGCGUACAUUUCAUCCGUACUACGAGUAUUUCAUCUGCAAUUCCGUAACGUCUACUCUUUUUCGAGAAAUCAUUUCUGGUACAAACGAAUAUCUGCUACACGAUUUAUAUUACGUUGAUUGGGUGUGUACAUAUAUAGAUGUAUAGAAACACAAGUAGGUACUUACAGAGCUUCACGAUAGCGAAAGCGCAUGCGUGUGUAUUGUUAUGCAAAGUUUUGUGCCUAUGUUCAUGGAUCAAAUUUUCUGCGAAUCGGACGCAUUUGAAUUCCGAAGUUUUGAAACUAUGUUCAUGUGGCAGAAUUUCUUUACGCAUGCGCAUUGAAAAUUGACUCCUGAAACAUGCCGAAGUUCCCUGUGCUAUAUAGUACAUGAGUACACAAAUGUAUAUCAUUUUUUUAUCGUGUUAAAAGCUGUAUUGUUUCUCACAUUCAAAACCAAUAACUAAUUUCUAUGAGAAAAUAAAAAAGUAUACCAUAUUACCGAUAUGACUCAAGUUCGAUACACACGCAAUUUAUUUUUACGAGGAAUGUGUAUCAUAUACCUCUUCGCAUUCCUUAGUUUUUAUAUACAAAUUGCAGGACUGUACGGCGAUAAUGGGAUAUUACCCGUUAAAACUCAGUUAGAUAUCGAAUACCAAGCUCCUCUGUUGCAUAAAUUAAAACAGAAUCCAACAUUAUUAUGGUUUGCCCCUUAUUUUGGAUUGAAUCUAGAGUACAUGUUGGAUGUAUUGUCUCUUUUCGGAGUUGUUCUUUCAUUCGCAGGGUUUGUUUCACAGAGGUUUUGUACUACAUUAGUGUUUGCAUUACUUUGGUCAUUAUAUUAUUCUUUAUACCUCGUUGGACAAAUAUUUAUGUCGUUUCAAUGGGAUGCCCUUCUCUUGGAAGCAGGAUUUCUAUGUAUAAUUGUAGCUCCGUUCUGGUAUUCUCAGCGUGGAAAAAUAAACACACCUAGCGAUGCUGUAACCUUUUGGAGUAUACGUUGGUUACUUUUUCGUCUUGUGUUUUCCAAUGGUGUAGUAAAACUUGCUUCUGGUAAUUCACUAUGGUGGAAAUUAGAUGCUCUGAGCAAACAUUUUGAGUCACAGUGCAUACCGACUCCUAUAGCAUGGUACGCGCACCAUUUACCAACAUGGUUUUUACGCUUAACCACAGUGUUUGUGAAUGUUUUUGAACUGGUUGUUCCAUUUCUGUUUUUCUUCCCAAACAGAAAAGUGAGGAUAGUAGCUUUCUACACACAGAUAUUUCUUCAAAUACAUAUUAUAGCAACAGGAAACAAUAAUUUUUUCAAUUUCCUUGUGAUUUGUCUAUGCAUUUCUUUGUUGGACGAUCAGUUUUUUUACAAGAAAAAAUCCAGAAAUGAUUCUUAUAGUUUCUCCAAAUAUCUCUCUACAAUAGUAUGUAUUUUAGUUUAUACAGGUAUAUUGUACGGAAUGUAUGUGUAUUAUAAUCUUAGAAUUGAUAAUUGGACGAUACAGAGCAACAUCGCGUUUACACAAGAACAGUUUAAUUAUGUUUUAUCACGUGCGAUUCCGAUAUCUAUCUACAUUGGUGUAGCAUCGCUUGGUUUCACAAUAGCGGAUGCAAUAGUGAAUUCUUUAAUAACGGUUAAAGGUGUACAAAACAAAGUAGUCACUAUUUUCGUUACGGGUCUGUACACGGUAGCGGUGUGUUUCAUCUUUGCAAUAAGUAUUGUACCAUAUACUACAUUAGACGAGUCCCAUAAUUCGACGGUACCAACUCAAUUGAAGCAGAUUCAAGGAAAAGUCGAACACCUUCGGUUGGUAAAUAAUUAUGGAUUAUUGAAGCAUACAACCGGAUUGGAUGGUAGACCAGAGGUGAUAAUCGAAGGAAGCGAUAAUAUUGAUGGACCAUGGAAAGAGUAUGAAUUUUUAUAUAAACCAGGGAAUGUUAAUAAUUCUUUGCCGUUUGUCGCUCCCUAUCAGCCGCAUCUCGAUUGGCAAAUGUGGUAUGCUGCGUGGGUCACGUAUAGCCGCAAUUCAUGGCUACUCUCAUUUAUCUAUCGUCUUUUAAAUGGUCAACCAGAAGUACUAGCUUUGAUGAAUAGUAUAGGAAGUCCGUUUCGCGAAAAACCGCCACAAUACAUUAAAGCUAGUUUCUAUUAUUAUCAUUACACCCCGUGGAAUCAGUCGUCAAACAAACAAGCUUGGUGGACGAGAAAGAAAGUCAAGGAAUAUCUUCCGAUAUUGAGUCGCGAUAAUCCGCGACUUAUCAAAUAUUUAUCAAUGAUGAAAAUCAUACCGGACAAAUCAACUUUCAAAGUCACGAAUGAACCACUGAAACUGCUUCUCGACAGUAUAAGAUCUAUAGUUUAUAAAAUCGAGGCUAGUCUUCUUUUAUGGGGUAUUUACACUGCAGGUUGUGCGAUUAUCUUGACUAGCUACGGCAAUUCAACUUUAAAGAGGAAAUAAUUACAUUUGAAUAGUCAGUCGAAUGUUCAAGUAACAAGUAAUAACUAACGAUAAAUUCUAAAUGAGCACGGUGCCGAUCGUACGAAGCUUUUUCGAAAUUAUGUGUACGAUUUACUUCUACAAAUAUACAAUACCCUAUGCUUAUGUUUCCGUAUUUAUUGCAAUUAAUAAUACUAUUGCGAGAUUAUUUAGUAUAAUAUGUAAAAAUAGAUUACAUUUCUUACAUACUAACAACCACAGCAAUAAGAUGUUUGAAUUAAACUCAAGAGGCUACAUCUUCCUGUGUCUAUCGAAUUUCAAUUGUUUAUAUUUUAUAUUUUCCUGAUUUUUAUACAAAUGAUAGAA